GUUGUGCAUGAAGUAUCAGGGAUAAUUCACUACGUGCGCGCUUUUUAGAGUGUUUUGCUCCCAGACAAGAUAUACUAUUUUUUUUUUAACUAUUUUAUAUCGCAAGAAUUUAUAAUAUGCAUUGAGCAGCCAUAUUCUUGUUUGCAAAAGAAUAAGAGUUGACUAGCAAGAUAAUAAAAGGCGAAAAUGCAGAAGACGGUCCAUGUGCAAGUGAAAGACAACUCGCCGUCAAUAGAGCGCAUUUUAAGUCUAAUAGUGUACACCUCCUGGCUCCUGGGUGUCGGUGUAGCCCAUCCGCGAAAGUGUCCCAAAGCUAUAACGAUAAUCAUACGCAUAAUUCACGUGACUGUGUGUUUCUUUUCCAUGAAAUACGACAUAAUAUUUUUUAUAUUUCAUCCAUUUAUUUAUGGUUACAUACCAGUAUUCCCGUACCAAGAUCUACAUUUUCUAAAUAGGGUGAUGUGUUGUGUAUCAGCAUAUUAUUAUAUUUAUCACGGAAUUAGGCAGUACAACAAGUGGCCGGAACUGAUGGAUAGAUUGCAAGAACUCGAUCAGAAGAUCAAAAAAGAAAUAUCCAUAAAUAAUUGGCCCAUAAAAAUUAUUGAAGCGCUAGCAAUUUUCACGACGUUCAUUUUCUGUCCUUUGAUGCCAAUUAUUCAAGCUUUAUAUUACUUAAGACAUUUAUCACGACCAGAAGGAUUGAUGUUUUAUUACAUAUUAGCGCAGUCAAUGAUUAACAACUUCGUCUUCGUUGUUAUUGUCUACGUAUUAUAUAACAGAUUUCAAACAGUAAAUAAAUUGAUCGGCCAGUUGGAUAAAUUAUCCGAUGUGCAAUGGAUCGCGUUUAAGAUUAGACGCAUUAGAGAGUUGCAUACUGAUAUUUGUGAUCUCGCCACUAUGGUAAACAAUAUUCACGGUCUUCAUCUCCUCUUCAGCUCCGGGAAUUGCUUCACCAUGGCUAUAACUUCAUUAUUCUAUCUUUUUAAUGUAAGGGACCCUGCCUGGUUACCGCUGAUGCAUCAUUUUUUAUGUAUUACAUAUUUCAUGCAAUUCUGCCUGAUUUGUUGGAUUUGCACACUCGCUUGUCAAGAAUCCAAUAGGACCGGCGGUAUUAUGCACAAAGUUAUAUUGAAUUGCCAACCUGUGAAUCCUGAUAAUAACGGAGCGAGUAAUCAAUCGAGUCUUGAAAUGCGAUUUGCACUAGAAGGCUUGAACAGCGAGCAAAAUUCUAAUUGUAGCAGUCACAAUUCGUAUGUCGUGGAAAAUUUUUUGCGCAGAAAUCUGGAUCUAGAGUGUGUCACAGAAGAAGUCAAUGAUUUUUCGACUCAACUGCAGCAGAAUCGAGUAGCAUUUACGGCUUACAAUUUCUUUGAAAUAAACAAUAUAUCGUUCGGUUGUUUUGUCGGGGUGACCGUCACUUAUCUAAUUUUCUUUCAACAAUUAGGGCGGCAAAGAAAAUACUAAAAAGGUAUUUGAAGCGUGUGAAUAUGUGUUGAAAUCCAAAGUCAUGUUUUUUUUGUGUAAUAGUACCAGUUGUAAAUAUUAUUUUUUUUUAAAUGUGUAUACCUUUUUAUUGUAUAAUAAUAUUGUAAAAACAAUUAGUAAUUGGAAAUUAGGCUAAUGAAAGCCAGCGCAAGUUAAAGUGCGUAAUCACAGGUAUUAAUAUUAUACAAAUUAUUUAUUUAUUUUAAGUUACAUAAGCAAAAGUUGCAACUCUCUUUGAAGUCAUUCUCAGCGUUGUACGUAAAAGAAAUUAUCUAGCCAACAUCAGUAGAGGAGAAGAGGGUAUUAUGGCUACUGUCGACAAUACGGCUACCUCUAUUAUUUCCGUUAUUAGGUAACGUAUUCUAACAAUUGCUUAUGGAGUUAU